GAGGAGAAGCAGAAGGUUUCUCAAACCGGAAAGCAAGUUCUCCAAAGAAAAAUGAGCACCAAAGGAAAAGUUAUUAAAUGCAAAGCAGCCAUUGCCUGGGAAGCAGGAAAGCCCCUUAGCAUUGAAGAGGUUGAGGUAGCUCCUCCCAAGGCUCAUGAAGUUCGAGUUCAGAUAAUUGCCGCUAGCGUAUGCCGUUCGGAUACCUAUGUGAUCAAUCCUGCAUUUAAAGAGGGUCUACUCCCUGUGAUCCUUGGCCAUGAGUGUGCAGGAAUUGUUGAAAGUGUUGGGCCAGGAGUGAACAACUUCAAACCAGGUGACAAAGUAAUUCCACUUUAUGUACCUCAUUGUAGAAAAUGCAAGUUCUGCCAGAGUCCACUCACAAACUUUUGUACAAAAUUCAGUGAACAUAAAAACCCUAUAAUUGAACAAGAACUAAUGGACGACAAAACCAGCAGGUUUACCUGCAAAGGAAAAUCAAUUUACCAUUUCCUAGGAAUCAGUGCCUUCUCUCAGUACACUGUGGUAAAAGAUAUCAAUCUUGCCAAAAUAGAUGAUGAUGCAAAUUUAAAGAGAGUUUGUCUGAUUGGAUGUGGGUUUUCUACUGGCUACGGGGCUGCAAUCAACGAUGCCAAGGUCACCCCUGGUUCUACAUGUGCAGUCUUUGGCCUAGGAGGUGUAGGCCUUUCUGCUGUAAUAGGCUGUAAAACAGCAGGAGCUUCCAGAAUCAUAGCUGUUGACAUCAACAGUGACAAGUUUGCAAAGGCCAAAGCCCUGGGAGCCACUGACUGCCUCAAUCCUAGAGAACUGAAUAAACCUGUCCAGGAUGUCAUUGUUGAGAUGACCAACGGAGGUGUGGAUUUUGCUAUUGACUGUGCAGGUGGAUCAGAAGUCAUGAAAGCAACCGUGGACUGUACAACAGUAGGCUGGGGAUCGUGUACUUUUGUUGGAGUCAAUGUAAAUGACAAAGGAUUGACUAUUUCUCCAGUGGAACUAAUAUUGGGCCGUACUUUAAGAGGAUCAAGCUUUGGCGGUUGGGAUGUAGAUACUGUCCCAAAGCUGGUUUCUGACUAUAAGAAUGGGAAAUUCAAUCUGGAAGCAUUGGUGACCCAUACCCUGCCAUUUGAAAAAAUCAAUGAGGCACUGGACCUAUUGAAACAAGGAAAAAGCAUCCGAACCAUCCUGAUCUAUUGAAGAUGUCAGAGGCAAUUUGGAACACUAUGUGAAUAUGAACCUGCCAACUGAUUACCUAAAGUGAUGAAUCAAGGAAAACUAUGAAUUUAAACAAAUAUUUGCCGUUAGUAUCUCAACAUAUAAUAGCUAUAAAUAAUACAGAAUUUGUCAUCAUAAAAUAUAUAAUGGUUUCCAUGUUAAAUGACUAUAGUAAAUGAAAUACUUUUGAAUGGAAUCUCAUGAUGUUUAGGAAUUGUUUAAAAUUAGCUCUGCAGAGGAGAGGGGGGAAAUGAGUGGAUAAUAAAACCAGACUGAACAUAUUCUACAAUGGUAUAGGUAGGUUAUGAAUAUACGGGGUUUCAUUACACUGUUCUCCCACUUUUGUCUAUGUUGAAAACUUUCCAUAAUAAAAAGGUACAUACUAGGGGUCAGUGCUGUGGCAGAGCAGAUAAAGCUACUGCCUGCAGUGCCAGCAUCCCAUAU